AUGUCGCAGAAACGAAAAGCCUCUUCAGAAUCCCAACAAAAGCCAAAACGGUGGCAAAAAUCGGCUCCAUCAGAAUGCUCUGAUAUUGUCGAGGAUAGCUCUCAGUCAGACUCGGAAUCUCAAUACUCGUACUGUAUGAGUCUCGAUGGUCAGCAGAAAACGCCAACGCCCAUCACACCGGUCUCUCCGGCGCCCUCAAGAUACCCAUCGGACCGCAAAACACAUCUUUGCCUGUAUGAAGGAUGCCUCAAAGCAUUCAACCGGCCUGCACGACUUGCAGAACAUCAAAGAUCGCAUACAAAUGAACGUAUAUUUAACUGCACACAUGAAGGCUGCGAGAAAACCUUUCUACGAGCCUCCCAUCUCCGCCAUCAUGUGAAGAGCGCUCAUACUACGAUUCGAGACUAUGUAUGUGACAGAGAAGGGUGUGGCAAGACAUUCGUCACUGGAUCACGUCUACGGAGGCAUUUAGCUACACAUGAAGGAAGGGAUAAGUACAGAUGUACUGAAUAUCCCCCCUGCAACGAAACAUUCCGCAAGCAUUCCACUCUCCAAAAACACAUCAUAAGCGCCCAUUUAAAUAAGAAACCAUUUCCUUGUCCGCACGUCGACCCCGUGACUGGAAAGCAAUGUGCACAGGGAUUCGAUACAGCAGGGCAUCUCCGGGCCCACGAAGGUAGACUUCAUGGUGGUGCACGAUUUACUUGCGCGGAAUGCACGUCCUCGAAUUCAAUAAACGAUAAUACCCCAACCAUUUCCUCAUUGACAGAUGGGACCAUGAAUAUGCAUCGGAAUGCAGUUUUUCCAACUUACGCUCUACUUCAAGCACACAUGAGAUCUGUGCACCCACCCACUUGCCCAGAAUGCAACAUGACUUGUUCAUCGGGCCGAGACCUCCGUCGGCAUCUCGAAAUCACUCACGGAACUAUCCCCCUUGAAGAGCGCAAGAUCCACCCAUGCUACUACCCAGAUUGCGGCCGUAACUUCACCAAAAAGGGCAAUCUCAACGUGCACAUAAAAACCGUACACGAGGGGGAGAAGCGUUUCAUCUGUGGUGAAACGGAUCUAUCCAAUUCGAAAAAAGUAGAAGGUUGGAACUCGAAGGAUAAUGGUUGUGGGAAACGCUACGGGAGCAAGCUUGCGCUGGAAGAGCAUGUGCGAACAGCGCAUUUGGGCCUGAAGAACGCAAAGGCGGAGCGGAAAGAACUUCUUGGCCUCGCGAAGAAUAGCAAAAGCAGCAGUUCUCGAACUAAAUCCAAAGAUAAACCGAGCCAGUUGGCAACCCCUUCGAAUCUCGCCAUGUUGACCGGAGAAGGUUACGCAGAAGAAUCUGGCCGGAACAUCCUAUGUUUGCUAGAGCCGUGUGCGCAUCGCUUCCAUCGGGACUACGACUUGUGGUUGCAUAUGGCUUCGAAACAUAAUUUAGAAGAUAAUGAUAUUCAGAUACUAUUUAUGCAGCGUACGAUGCAGGGCGGGGACCAGAGUUUUGAUAUCGACUUUGGAAAUCUGCAGGGUUAUGGGUAUGCUCCUGGCCCUGGCGCUGAGAACACCACUGAUAUUCACGCCAAGGGGACUUUCGAUUGUGGUAGGGAAUUGAUAGUCGGAAGGGCAGCGGAUUACAAUGCCAAUGGAUUCGUCUCUACGGGUCAUGGCUACGGUAUUACCGAUAUGGCUCUGAUUGAUCCUGUCUUGACAUUUACACAUGAUCAUCAGAUGGACGAUGAAUAA